UCCGGAAACGCGCCGCGGGGCUGCUGGGGCUCAGGCGGGCGCUGGCGGCUCCGUGGCGUUUCCUGCCACGCCGGGCCUGUCUGGGCCGCGCCAGCGCCGCUCCAACGCCGCUCCGCCGAGGGCAGCGCAUUGGCCGCCGCGGGGCUGGGCUUUGCCUGCCCCCUCCCCGGGCCUUGCCCUCCCCCAGGAUGGAGCCCAGGAAACCAGGUUCUGGCAGGCCCUCCUGAGACGCUUGAGGCCCAGAAGGACUACUUAUCCCGGGAGUUCUUUCAGGAUUCAGUGACAUUUGCCGACGUGGCCCAGGCCGGACGCUGAGCAGAGGACGCUGGCACAUUAGAGGAACGAGACCUCCGGGGAGUUCCUGUUCUGAAUCCUACCUGGUGUCCGGCCCCUGACGCUGGUAUCGGCCCCACCCCUUAGUGCAGACUGAGCGAAGUAGUGUUCUGGAGGCGUCUGGGCGCGCGAGCGGCAGGUGAUGGGCGAAGAAGCGCAGCCGCAGGAGAUGGCCUCCAGCAGCUCCCCACGGGCGGGCGAGCCCAGUCCCGAGGUCAAGCGGAACAGGGACGCUGGGGGCCGGGGGGGCAGCCCUCAGGACCUGCCUAUAGAGCAUCACUUCUCCUGUAAGGAGUGCGGGGACGCCUUUCGGCUCAAGGUCCUCCUGGUGCAGCACCAGAGGAUUCACAGCGAGGAGAAGGGCUGGGAGUGCAGCGAUUGCGGGAGGGUCUUCCGGGGGGUCUCCGAGUUCAAUGAGCACCGCAAGAGCCACGUGGCUGCCGAGCCGCAGCCGGGCCCCAGCCGCGCCCUGGAAGAGGCCGCGGAGCAAAGGGAGCCGGCGGAGAGGGAGGCGAAGCCCUUCGAGUGCGAGGAGUGUGGGAAGAGGUUCAAGAAGAACGCGGGCCUCAGCCAGCACCUGCGCGUGCACAGCCGGGAGAAGCCUUUCGACUGCGAGGAGUGCGGCCGCUCAUUCAAGGUGAGCACGCACCUGUUCCGCCACCAGAAGCUGCACACGGCCGAGAAGCCGUUCGCCUGCAAGGCGUGCGGCCGCGACUUCCCGGAUCGCCAGGAGCUGCUCAAGCACCAGCGCGCGCACACGGGCCACCUGCCCUUCGACUGCGACGACUGCGGCAAGUCGUUCCGCGGCGUCAACGGCCUGGCCGAGCACCAGCGCAUCCACAGCGGCGCCAAGCCGUACGGCUGCCCGCACUGCGGCAAGCUCUUCCGGAGGAGCUCGGAGCUCACCAAGCACCGGCGCAUCCACACGGGUGAGAAGCCGUACGAGUGCGGCCAGUGCGGCAAGGCCUUCCGCCAGAGCUCCAGCCUGCUGGAGCACCAGCGCAUCCACACAGGCGAGCGGCCGUAUGGCUGCGGCGACUGCGGCAAGGCCUUCCGCGGGCCGUCCGACCUCAUCAAGCACCGGCGCAUCCACAGCGGACUCAAGCCGUACGAGUGCGACAAGUGCGGCAAGGCCUUCCGCCGGAGCUCGGGCCUGAGUCGCCACCGCAGGACCCACAGCGGAGCGCGGCGCUGCGAGUGCGGCGAGUGUGGCCGCGUGUUCAAGAGGCGGUCGGCGCUGCAGAAGCACCAGCCGAGCCACCGCGACUAGAGGAGCGCCCCA